AUGUAAUUCAAGAGAGGCUAAAUAUUAGUGCAUAUUUGAUUGUUACACACAACUGUACACACACUUUGGAGUAAAACCGUGGCUUCAUAUCACAAUUUGAGCUCCAUAAACAUUGCUAUUCAAAGAGAGUAAGAAAGAGUGCAUGGAAGGAGGCAUGAGGGAUACCUCAUGGGAACAUGACUCAUCGUAACCCGACACUGAAGCCAAAGUUGAAAGUCUACACAUUUGAGAUAUUUUAUUAAUAGUAACGAAGAUUCAUUUCAUAACUGUCUCACUACUACGUCUCCGAUCAAAGCCUUUAUUAUCUUCACCACCUCUCUCUCUCUCUCUCUCUGUGUCUCGGUUUCUCUGCUUUUGUUGUUUUGAAUUGAAACCAAUUAUCAUUUUGGUUUCAGUUUUCAUUUGUCUCUUAUAGAUGGAGAAGCCUCUGCUAAGCGGAGAAAGCAGUAGAGCUACUGCGGCUGGUCGCAAGAGAGAGCACCAUAAUCGUUCUGAGGCCAUUGCUUACGGCUCGAAUUUUGAAAAGGCUGCUGCUCUCGUUGAUCUGGCCGUAGAUGGUAUUGGUUUACCCGAGGAAAUUCUUGAUCAUUCAAACUUCCAGAGUGCUGCAAAAUCCUACCUCGUUUUUAUUCAGUUUGAUUUCUUUUGGUCCCUCAAUUAUUUUGCAAUGAUAAUCCUAAAUUUCUUAGAGAAACCUUUGUGGUGUUCCAACUAUUCUACAGAUUCUUGCAAUGAUAGGGAUUACUACUUUCUUGGGCAGUUGCCCUACUUAACUGGUGGGGAGUCUCUUAUUUAUGAGGGCAUAUCUCUAUUCAUACUUGUGAUACAUACCUUCUUUCCAAUUUCAUAUGAAGGGUACGAUCUUUAUUGGAAAAGUCUUCUUAAUCGAUUAAAGGUGGCUUUGCUGUUAAUUUGGGUUGCUGAUAUACUGGUUUAUGCUCUCUAUUUGUCUUCAGGGGGCUUUGAUUAUCUUCCUUUUAGAAUUGCACCAUAUAUCAGAGUUGUGUUUUUCAUGCUGAGCUUUAGGGAAUUACGAGCGACCAUCGACAUCCUGGCUGGAAUGCUUAGCACCUACUUAAACGUCUUGGCUUUAGGGCUUUUAUUUCUCCUGUUUUCCAGUUGGUUAGCCUAUGUCAUGUUUGAAGAUACCCAACAAGGGAAAACAGUAUUUACUUCGUAUGGCACCACACUGUAUCAGAUGUUUGUUUUGUUCACCACAUCCAACAAUCCAGAUGUUUGGAUUCCAGCGUACAAGGCUUCGCGUUGGUUUUGUCUGUUUUUUGUUCUUUACAUCCUAUUGGGGGUUUACUUCGUCACCAGCUUGAUUCUUGCUGUUGUAUAUGACAGCUUCAAAGAUCAGCUUGUAAAACAAGUUUCUGUGAUGGACUCUAAAAGGAGACGAAUCUUGGAGAAAGCUUUUAAUCUCAUAGAUAAAAAUAAUCAUGGAUUUCUUGAUAAAGAGCAAUGCAUUCGACUGUUUGAGGAACUGAAUAAGUACAGGACUUUGCCAGAAAUAUCAAGAGAAGAAUUUGAGUUGAUAUUUGAUGAGCUGGAUGAUAGUCAUGAUUUCAAGAUCAACCUAAAUGAAUUUUCUGACCUUUGCAACGCCAUUGCUCUAAAAUUCCAGAAGGAAGAGUGUAAAUCUUGCUUUGAGUAUUUUCCAUCAGUCUACAAUUCACCCUGCUCUAAAAAGUUGAAAGGCUUUGUGCAGAGUCCUAGAUUUGGAUACAUUAUAUCCUUCAUUCUCAUACUGAAUCUGUUUGCUGUUAUUGUGGAAACAACGCUUGAUAUAGAAAAUAAUUCUGCUCAAAAGGUGUGGCAAGAGGUAGAGUUUGUCUUUGGAUGGAUAUAUGUGCUGGAAAUGGCUUUAAAAAUAUAUUCAUUUGGAUUUGAGAAUUAUUGGAGGGAUGGUCAAAACCGCUUUGAUUUUAUGAUCACUUGGAUAAUAGUUAUCGGAGAAACCUUGACUUUUGUGGCCCCUCAAGGACUUACUUUCCUUUCCAAUGGCGAAUGGAUUCGCUACCUUCUCCUCAUAAGAAUGUUAAGAUUGAUAAGGCUGCUGAUGUACGUCAAGCGUUACCGUGCCUUCAUUGCCACUUUCAUAACCCUUAUACCAAGUUUGAUGCCAUACCUUGGAACCAUAUUUUGUGUCCUAUGUAUUUAUUGCUCUCUUGGUGUACAGAUCUUUGGUGGGAUUGUCAAUGCUGGAAAUGCCAGUUUGGAUGGGACUGAUCUUUCAGAUGAUGACUAUUUACUUUUCAAUUUCAAUGACUAUCCGAAUGGUAUGGUGACACUUUUCAAUUUACUGGUCAUGGGAAACUGGCAUGAAUGGAUGCAGAGCUACAAGGAAUUAACAGGAACUGCAUGGAGCCUCACUUACUUUGUCAGCUUCUACUUAAUAACUGUGUUACUGCUUUUAAAUUUGAUUGUAGCUUUUGUAUUGGAGGCAUUCUUUGCUGAAAUGGAACUCGAGUCAUCAGAAAAUUUUGAAGAACAGGAUAAGGAAGUACAAGGCAGAAAGGAUCGUCGACGAUCUGUUGGUACAAAAUCACAGAGCCAGAGGGUUGAUCUCCUUCUUCAUCAUAUGUUGAGUGCAGAGCUCAAUAAAGAGCCCCCCAACCCAUAGAUUUGCUUCAUUCCACUUGUGAGAAAAAUUCUGAAGCCAUUUUGCCCUUGCUUUGGGGUAUUUAGCCUUUACUCUUUAGUGGUUAGCAAAGCAAAAGAAUUGUUUCAAGUGACUCGUCCCGGAAGGAACCAUGCAAUUGCUUUAAAUAGUGAGCAGCAGACACACGCUUUGUUUUUCAUGCCAUUGGUACCAGGUUCUCCUUUUUGGCAGGCAGCUUAAUUUCUGUUAGCCUACACAGCUUAUGUUCUCCAAAGGCGCGCCCCACCCCAAUUUUUUUUUUUUUUUUGGGUACAGAGUUUGAUUACAAGAAGUUGUGCAACUACAUUUUGUUUUUGUUAUAGUUUUAUAUUGUAUUAUUGUUUGUACAUGUGAGGAAAGUAUAUUUAGCAGUGGAAGGGAUUAUUGUUUCAACUUUUGAGGGUAGACUACGCAAAGCCUAUAAAGAAUAAAGGGAAAGGAAAUUCACAUAAUGCCAUAUGCGGAUGCCACAGCUUUUUUUGUAUGCC